AUGCCUUCUGUUCCUCGCGUCGAUCGUCUCAAACCAAUUUACACUGCCGCCAAGGCUCUCAACUUCGGAUGGCGUUUUUCGGACUUUCUGAAAAUUCCUGCAUAUAAUGGAAUCUCUCGGUACACGAAUCAGCUUCAUCGUAUCACUGUCAGAUUUUGUAAACAGAGUGAAUCGAGUGUCGGAGUUCGAAAUUUCAUCGAAAAUCAAAUUGUGGAGAUCGGUCGGAAAAACCCAUCAGUUGUGAUCUACGCUCAACCUGUUCGUAACUCGAACCCAUCAAUUCGUGCUGAAUAUGGAAACGGACGAACUCUACAGAUUAAUGCUAAAAACAUGACAGAGACAGAAGUCAGCAAAGACUUUCAUUUACUGUUCUCACGAAGUGGUGAGCCCGUUGUGAAACUGGAGAGCCGUCAGAGCGCCCUCUGUCCUUCGGUUCAAGGUCAAUGGACACCGAUCACAUGGCUACCAACAGCCAUGAACACGGAAAGUCUGCCAGCAAAACAGUUCUCUGAGCACAAAUCGACAGCAACUUCUGCUACAGAAUAUAUUCUGCAGAACCAACCGAAAUAA